AGGCAAGUCAGAAAGCGGAAGAAGAAGACAGUAAAAUUCACCCCGGCUAUAAUCUUCUCUCAUCGCAAAUUUGAGCCUCAUACAAAUGACAGAAAUGGACGCCCCUCUCUCCACCCCCUGCAAUAUACAGAUUUGUGAGGUGACCUGUGACUCCUUCCGCAUCAUUUGGGAUAUGACCCCUGAGGACACUGCCAGAGCAACACACUUCUUCAUUGACCUGAGCCGCAAAGAGAGCAGAGACCCCAACCGCUUUAAACACAGGGAUGUGCCGACCAAGCUGGUGGCCAAGGCUGUGCCUCUUCCUAUGGCAGUAAGGGGCCACUGGUUCCUCAGCCCGCGGACAGAGUACUGUGUUGCUGUCCAAACUGCUGUCCGACAGCCAGAUGGUGACUACCUGGUGUCAGAGUGGAGCCAGGUGGUGGAGUUCUGCACCGGAGACUAUGCCAUGGAACACCUACAGCAGCUUCUCGACAAGGCCAAGGGCUCUGCUGGGAGGCUGCUGAAAUUCUCUGUGUUUUAUCGCAACCAGCACCCAGACUACUUUGACAACGUCAGAAGGGAAUGUGGAGCCCUGAUGCGUCCAGCCCUAAAAGACAGCAGUGGGAGUCAUGGUUCUCCUAUCAACGGCAAACUGCAAGGAGUCUUCUUCAGCUGCAACACAGAGUUUGAUACAGGCCUCCCUCCCAAAGACUCCCCAUAUGGCCCCUUGCGUUUCCAGAUCCCUGCUGGGCACCUGCUGAACCCCAACAUCAGCCUGUACUUUGCAGACUUCUACUGUAUGUACACAGCCUAUCACUACGUGGUGCUGGUGCUGGCCCCUGUUGGCUCAGAGGGAGACACCUUCUGUCGCACCCGUCUCCCUAUGCUGGACUUGGCCUCCAACCCCUUCCUCACAUACACUGCCCCCCAGAGGCCGGGGGAGGAGCCUCUGUACUGCCAUGCCAGUGACGUCAUCCUUGAGGUGCUUUUCACCGAGCCGGUUCAUUUGGAUCAGGGCAGUGUGGAGCGGAUCAGCGGCCACCACCAGCUUAAGAGUCAAACCACAGCCAACGCCAAAAAAGACCCAAGCUGCAAAGUGUGCAACAUCAGUGUGGGACGCUGAGGGAAGAUGCUGAUGUAGGACAGACCUGGGGGUGUGUGAGCCUACAAUACUGAAAGACAGA